GCGUCUUCGCAGAAAUAAACGAUCUUCGCAGCUCCGGGUAAAGGUGGGGCUGCACAGACUCCGAAUAAACUUUUAAAAGUUUAAAUCUGCAGAUUUCUGCGUGAACUGGAGUAAAAGUAUCAGCAGGUCGGAUCCAAAGUUCUUCACCAGUUCGAGAAGACUCAGGGUGGAGUCAUGUCUUCUGGGAAGAACAAGAACCAGACGUCUCUGGUCCUCCACAAGGUGAUCAUGGUGGGCAGCGGCGGCGUGGGGAAGUCUGCUCUCACGCUGCAGUUCAUGUACGACGAGUUCGUGGAGGACUACGAGCCCACGAAGGCGGACAGCUACAGGAAGAAGGUGGUGCUGGACGGAGAGGACGUUCAGAUCGACAUCCUGGACACGGCGGGCCAGGAGGACUACGCCGCCAUCAGGGACAACUACUUCCGCAGCGGCGAGGGAUUCCUGCUGGUCUUCUCCAUCACCGAGCACGAGUCCUUCACCGCCACCUCCGAGUUCAGGGAGCAGAUCCUGCGGGUGAAGGAGGAGGAAGCCAUCCCGCUGCUCCUGGUGGGGAACAAGUCGGACCUGGAGGACCGGCGGCACGUCACCGCCGACGAGGCCGCCGCCAAGGUCAACGAGUGGGGCGUCCAGUACGUGGAGACGUCGGCCAAAACCAGGGCCAACGUGGACAAGGUGUUCUUUGACCUCAUGAGGGAGGUACGCAAGAAGAAGAUGGCCGAGAGCAAAGACCGGAACGGGCCGAGUGGGAAGAAGAAGAAGAAACACUGCUGCCUCCUCUAACCGACGAAAAACUCGAACAGUCCGGCGACUCGCUUCAGAACGUUCUCACCUCCUACUUCCUCCCUUCGCCUCCGUCUUCAACGACUCCAUCACUUCUGGUCCAGUUUCCUGUUACUGAGCUGCCGUCAGAGGCUCGUUAGUAAAACAUCCCAGAAAUGUGUGUUCUUUGAAGAGUUAAGAGGCAACACUUUACGUUCGGGCUGAGAACAGCCGUCGCACCACAAACACUUCAGCUUUUACUUUUGAAGGGACCUCCUGUGUAGAAUAAUCAACACAAACACUUAAGGCUUUUACUUUGAAGGGACUUCCUUUGUAGCAUAAUCAAACUAAAACUAAAUGAAAUGAUUGUUUCUUUUCAACAUCAUACCAAACGUAUUUUUCUUUCUUAUAAAAUGUGUGUAUAAUUUAAAUUCUAAAUUUUCUUCUGUUUUUCACCACUUCUGAUUGUUUUUUGUAUGUUUUGUUCAGUUAUUCUAUUUAAGAAAAUGAAUAAAAAUGCUUAUGAAAUGAAAA